AAUCUGGUGUUUGUGUUUGAUAAUCAGGAAGAACGCAAGGCGAGUGGUAUAUUCGUUUGAAAUAAAGGAAUAUUAAAAAAAACAACUAUUAAACAGAAAAUAUUACUAGGUACACCCGUUGAAUGGACAAACACAAACUUUAUUACAUCAAUAUACUUUUAAGUUAAAUUGUACAAACAUGGUUUCUCUGAGAGUAUUUGGAGCAAUGUUUAGAAAACACACGCAUAGUUCUCUCCGCAAUUUUGGUUGCAUGCGUUACUACAGUUGUGAAACAAAUCAUGACCCAAAAUUGAGAUUUGUGCAGUUUUUACGUGAUAAUGAAGAACGUCAUCGCUUGGGUGUUGUAUCCGAAAAUGGAAGUUAUUUGACAGAAAUACCCAGUGGAUCCGGAUUUCCGAAUGAUAUGAUCACAUUUAUCAAACAAAAUUAUUGCAUAUCGGAAUUGGGUGAAAAAAUAAAACAUUUCAAAAAGGAAGAAAUGAAUGAGUCAAUAACAUUGCUACCUCCUGUUACCAGUCCUGAGAAGAUUAUCUGCAUCGGCCUCAACUACCAAGAUCAUUGCGAAGAACAGAACAAGGAACCCCCAAAACAACCAAUGUUCUUUAGUAAAUUCAACAACACACUUGUUGGUCCAAGGGGUAAUGUUAUUGCCCAUAAAAUAACAACUAAAAUGGAUUGGGAGAUUGAACUAGCUGUCAUAAUUGGAGAGAAGUGCAAAGAUGUUAGUCGGGAAAAGGCCUUGGAUUAUGUCUUUGGUUACAGUGUCGCCCAGGAUAUUUCAGCGCGUGACUGGCAGAGGUCGCGUAACGGUGGACAAUUUUUAAUUGCUAAAUCUAUGGAUACAUUUCUACCUAUUGGACCAUCGAUUGUACACAAAAGUCUUAUUAAAAAUCCACAUGAUCUUGAAAUGGUAUGCAAAAUAAAUGGAAUUGAAAAGCAACGCAGCAAUACCGACAACAUGAUUUACAAAAUAGAUGAUAUGAUUAGUCGCUUAUCAGAGUCUAUGACAUUGCAGCCUGGAGAUGUACUCUUAACUGGAACGCCCAAAGGAGUUGGAAUGUAUCGUAACCCUCCCGAAUACCUUAGAGUUGGUGACGUAAUUGAAAGUGAAAUUCAGUGUUUAGGGAAAAUGGUGAACAAAGUUGUAACGCCUUAAAUUUGUUUGUUGCGCAAUCCUGCCAUAAAUGUUAAUCUUGAAGGAUAUCCUUAAUCUGCUUAA